UGCCGCUGCUUCCGGGAGUCGUGUGGAGUGGGGCAAGACCCCAACCCUGCUCCCUGGCUGGAGCGGGGCAAGCCCCAGACCCAACUUCCCGGUGGGAGCUCAAGGGACGGAUUAAAAUGUCUGCAGGGCCGUAUGUGGCCCCCGGGCCGUAGUUUGCCCACCUCUGGCUUAUUGAGAAUAUUUAAUAAGAGAGAUCCAAAAUAACCUGUACCUAGGACAAUAGGCCUUGGGAAUUGGUGGGAGUUGAUGUAAUUAGGGCCAUUACCAGCAACAAACAAUGGAUACCAGUAUAUCUUGACAGUCAUGUAUUAUCUUCCAAAAUGGGUGGCAUAAAUCAGCACAUGAGGUGGGAAAGAAAAUCUGUAAAAUUAUAAAUUGAUUUGGAUGUCUACGGUGAAUAUUGACGGAUCUUGGUUCUGAAUUCAGUAAUGAGGUAAUGACUUAUUUUUUAGAUUUUUGUUCACUAUUUCUUCAACCACACUAUCGGGUCAUAGAUAUUUGACACUGACUAUGGGCUUCAUUGUCUUCAUGAUUUUUUUUACUGUAAAUUGUUGAUGACACAUUUUUCUGUCUCCUUACCAAUUUUUUUUAUAACAAACUGAUUGCAAACUUAUUUUUCCAUGUAGUCAUUCUAAAAGAUAGAAUAGGAAACCAUAGUAAUUACGUGUAAAAUCAAUUUAAAAUAGGAGAAGGAACAUACAUGCAGACAUUUCCAAAGGAAACUUUAUGGCAUAAUUUUAUUCUUUCACUUUAACCUGGCCCUUUGUGGGGAAAAAUGGGGAUAUAACAUAGCUUCAUCAGCUCAUACCACCCACAAACCAAUGGACUGGAUGAAAACAACAAAUCCAUCAAAUUUUAGAGGGGGAAAUUUCAGUACUAAAUACAAGUAGCAUGCACCAGGCCAUUAGCUACAUAUUGGUAAUACCUCUUCAAGAUCAAUUUAUUACAUUGCAACUCUUUUUAUUGUAUCAAAUGUGAAAUUAAAAAUAAUCAAAGCUCUGCACUGUGAUGUCCUCCUCCUCAGACCUUCUUGAUUCCAUAUAACCUGUCUCAAUCAAGACAUCAUGUUAACUAUUUGUUUUCACAAACUAAUCAAUCACCAUUUCUUACAGAGCACUGUGGAAGUUGGUUGAUAACACUGGGAGUAAUUGGGAUGAAUUUUUUUAUAACAUUUUCUUUUCUUUUAAAUUUAAACUGCAAAUGAGAACAAAAAUGUCAUCCUUUCAACUGUAGUAUGGCUUUGAAGCAACAUUUCCAGACAAGGGCUCAGAGAAUUAUACAAUUGUUCGUCUACCGAGAAACUGGAAAAUCCAUAUUGGGACUCUGGAAAAUUAAAAUUGUGGAACACAGGAGACAAGCAGAUGGGCACAACUGUGGGCCACUCAUUCUAAAAUUAUUCAGUAGCGCAUGAAGGAGUACUGCAUGUCCUGCGCCUUGUCAUACACAAAAAUUAAAAUGAAGAUUGCAUGCUGGAAAUUUGCUACAGGAUCCUAUUGCUCCCACCAACUCCACGUGUCAGCAUUAUGUCUGCAAAACUUGUAAAGGCAAAAAGAUGAUGAUGAAACCAUCAUGUAGUUGGUGCAAAGACUAUGAACAGUUUGAGGAAAAUAAACAGUUGAGCAUUCUAGUGAACUGCUACAAAAAACUGUGUGAAUACAUAACACAGACUCCAUUGGCACGAGACAUAAUACAAGCAGUUGACUGUUCUGCAGAUCUUUUGGCUUUGCUCAAAGAUGGAUCACCACUCCAUGAAGACACAGAAAACAUUUCUGAUGCAGCCAUGCCUUUGUGUUUGACACAUUCUCCAUUACCUUCAACCUCAGAACAUAUUAAUGAUCCUCAAGCUAGUUUUUCUUCAAUACCUGAAAGUACACAUAAUAUUGAUAUUAGAAGUUCUGUUAUCAAUGGAUUGCCCAAUUGUAAUGGGCUUUCAGUGGAUAAACUUGGAGUAAAUAUUCCUUCCCCUGAACAUGCAAAUACAAUUGAUGUGUGUAGUACUGGAGAGUACAUAAAAACUGAGGAUAUCUCUAGCAGUCUUCAGCCUGUGUGUGACACAGUUUCUACUAGUGACUUGUGUACAUCAGGCCUUGACAUCUGCAGUUUCAACGAAGAUAUAAAACCUGGCUCGCUAUUGCUUAGUGUUGAGGAAGUUCUCCGAAGCUUAGAAACUGUUUCAAGCACUGAAGUCUGUGGUUCUGAUUUGCAGCCCAGCUUGGAAGCCACCAUAUCCAAUGGUCCUUUCCUGCAGCUUUCUCCCCCACCUCUUAGCCAUAAUGUUUUCAUGUCCACAGGUGCUUCUCCUCAUGGGAUCUCAUGUACAGCAGCAACACCUAAGGUAGUUAAGUUAAACCGGAAGCGAUCUCGAUCAGAAAGUGACAGCGAAAAGGUUCAGCCACUACCCAUUUCCAGCAUCAUCUGUGGCCCAACGUUGGGAGCAUCAGCUCCAGUAACAGUAAAACAGGAAAAUAAAAUGUCUUUGCAGCCUGUAGCAACUGUACCCAAUGGAGGCACUACUCCCAAAAUAAGUAAAACUGUACUCCUGCCUAAUAAAAGCAUGAAAAAGAAUCUAGAACAUGCCCCCAAGAAAUCUCACCCGAAAGCCAAACCAGGAAUACUGAAAACAAAAGACAAAGCAAAGGAAAAGGUUGCUAGCAGUAAUGUUAUGCCAGGAAGUCCGACAAAAACUGCAUAUAAAAAGCCACAAGAAAAGAAAGGGUGUAAAUGUGGUCGCGCCACCCAAAAUCCAAGUGUUCUUACAUGCCGUGGCCAACGCUGCCCUUGCUACUCUAACCGUAAAGCCUGCUUAGACUGUAUAUGCCGUGGCUGCCAAAACUCAUAUAUGGCUAAUGGGGAGAAGAAGCUGGAAGCAUUUGCAGUGCCAGAAAAGGCCUUGGAACAGACUAGGCUUACUUUGGGCAUUAAUGUGACAAGCAUUGUGCGCAGUGCCAGCACAAGCACCAGUGUAAUUAAUGUGACAGGGUCACCAGUAACUACAUUUUUAGCUGCCAGUACACACGAUGAUAAAAGUUUGGAUGAAGCUAUAGACAUGAGAUAUGACUGUUAAAUCUUUUUUUUUUUGUCUUUUCCCUGCCCUUAGUAGGGGAACUGCUACAGUUUUAAGGCAGCUAUGGUUCUGUUUAACUUGCCGAAGCUCCUGCCUAUAGAUCACUUGUAUCAAGUGUUUUUCAUUGCUAUGUUAUGUGUGUUAGUGUCUGGGAAAUAGUUUGCAGAUAAUGGAGGAGUUACCCUAAAACUAUGUCUUUAGAUCUCACAGCACCUCAUAGUUUGAGAUCAGAUGCUGAUGUAAAUGGUUUUAAUACAAGAUGACCUUUGGAAAGGAACAUAUUAACCUCAUUGUACCAGUUAAUGCUUUGUGCUCAAUUAAAACUUCCGAUUAAAUGUAAGGAAGUGGUAUCUAGUCAGUCUAUCAAAGUUGUGCUAAUUUAUGAUGUGUGAAAGUAACUGCCAAAUACACUGCCAUAGGGAGUCAGUGUUGCUAGCAAAUCACAUCCCAUUCCUGUUGAAAGUACAGUAUUAACGGAGGACUGCAGUCUUUGAAUGACACAUCUUUUUUGAUUAUGAGCGUUGGUUAUCUAGAGCAUGGAACAGUACAAAUCAGUAAUUUCAUGGAAAGAAAAGUUGUCCCUCAUUGGAAUUUGCCCAGUUACUUCUUAGCCAUCAACUGGAGUCAGUUGUAAAGUGGCUGUCCCUCCAGAUCCUGCUCAAGUUUCUGUGUAAUCGCUUCAUUCACUUUUUCUAAACAGCCUGCAGGUGGAUGUGUGACUGGUAUAUUUUAUGCCCUGUGGCACUAACUCCAUUCAUCUUUGGCAUGUUGCUGUUCACUUCAUCAGGAGAGGGGAAACAACUGAUAAACAAAGAAGGGCCAAAUACCACAUAUGUAAACCCAUUGAUUUCAGUGGGAGUUGCUGCAAGUGGUAUCUGAGAAGAAUUUGACCCUAGGUUACAAAUAUCAAAAAUAAAUCUGGGCUGGGUUAAAAUCUUUGUCCAUUGGUGCCCCCCAAUACAUCCUGGUUUAUACAGCCUUUACCCACCAUUGGUUUCUCUUUUCUUCACUUAAAGAUAUAAAUGAGGUUAACACUGUAUUGUGAUACACUUGGGAUCUAUUUACUCUAGGAAAAUAGCCCAUUGUUACUUGCUUCCCCUCAGUCAGGAAAGAGAACUGAUGGGUAAACAGGAUCAAGUUAUUUUCAGUACUCAUUCGGUAAAGUAUGCAAUACAGCAUCUUCCACCAAGUGUUCAGCUCACUCGUCUACAUUCAGUAUGCCCAACUGGUUGAUUUCCUGUUAAUCCCUGAAAAUAAGGAAAUCGUUCAAAGAAGGCUUUUUGCAUUUUGCACAACAUUACAGCAGUUUUAAGAUUUUUUUUAAUGCCAUUCUAAAGAAGUCAGACUUCCUCAUGAUGCAGAGGUAUCUCUUUAAAUGGCACAGCACCAAAAAAAGAUGGUCUGACUAGUAUACAAAGCAUUAUCCUUGUAAUUUAAAGGACAAUUACUAUUUAUAACAGCAUGUCUAAAGAGAAACAGUGCUUGAAUUUUUCAAAUUCCAUUUUAUGGCAGCCAUAUUUUUAUUAAUUAAAUGAAAUCUCCAAUGAAUUAUGACAUAAUGGAUAUAUUUUGAUUGUGCACAAAGCAUGUACAAUGAUGGUUACCUGUCUAAGAAAUAAGCAAAAACUUUUUGGACACAAAUCAAAUGACACCACCUUUUGUUUUUGUAGUGUACUAUGGUGUCAUUUUCUGUGAAUGUGGUCAGAUAAUUUUUUUCGUUUUGUUUUGUAUUGCCCCCCGUCUUUUUUUGUGGGGUCGGGUAGGGUGGGGUGUUAAAGCCAUAGGAAGAAAAAUGUGAUGUAUGUGUCCAGUCUGUACUAUUUUGUUUUUGUUUUGCAAGAAGAGUUGAAAAAUAUUUUUGAUAACGAGAGUAAAUGGUGGAAAAUGCUUCUUAGUAUUCUUGUCUUUAUUUGCCAAUCCAAGUACCUGAAUUCCCUGUUUUUAACCCUUAUGAGGCUUAAUGAUGUCCUAUUAAAACAUAUUUAGUUACA